CCUCCACCACCUCCUCUUCGUGCUCGCGCCUCUGGGCAUCGACGGCGAACAUGACGACGACGCAGUUUGACAAGAUCUUCCACAACCUCGCCGCUGAUGUUGGCAAGUUCCGUAUCGCGGUGAGCGGUAUGGCUUGGAAGGCCGAGGAGGGAAGCGACAUGGUCGCGAUACAGUCUGUGGAUAUAAAAUGGGCGCAGUGGAUCCGUGUCGCGCGCAAUUAUCAGCUCAGGGUGGGAUUGAAGGACCGGACAAGAGAAACUUUCGACGGCUUCGUGCGGGAGGAUCAUGACAAGCUCUCGCAUCUUCUCAAGCAACAUUUCAGCAUCACACUUGAAACGAAGGAGGUCUCUUUCAAGGGCUGGAAUUGGGGUGUGACAGAUUUCCAGGGGCAAGACCUGGCUUUCCUUGUAUCUAACAGGACUGCAUUCGAGCUCCCGCUCCCCAAUGUGGCGAACUCCAACAUCGCUGGGCGAACUGAAGUGUCACUCGAGUUUGCCACACAAAGCAAGAAGCCCUCCCGUAGUGCCCCGGAUGAAAUGGUCGAGAUACGGUUCUACGUACCAGGCACCCAAGUCAAGGGCCAGCGUGGAUCAGACGCGGGCUCACAAAAGUCGGACGUUGAAGAGGAUGGCGAGGAGAUCAGUGCUGCUCAGGCAUUCCACGAUAUGGUCAAGGAGAAGGCCGAACUUGGCCAGGUCGCAGGCGAUAUCAUCCUCAGCUUCGACGAGGUCAAUGUGCUCACCCCCAGAGGACGGUACGAUGUGGACAUGUACCCCGAGUUCCUACGGUUGCGCGGCAGGACAUACGACUACAAGAUCAUGUAUGGCAGUAUCUCGAAGCUGUUCCUCUUGCCUAAAGAUGAUCAGCAUGUAUUGUUCAUCCUCGGAUUAAGCGUGCCGAUCAGGCAGGGCCAGACCCGGUACCAAUAUCUGGUCAUGCAAUUCAACCGUGAAGAGGAAAUCACUGCAGAGCUGAACAUGUCUGAGGAGGAGAUCGCUCAGUAUGAGAAGCUCAAAAAGAACUACGAGGACCCCACGUUCGAAGUUGUCUCUGGCGUAUUCCGCGCCCUGUCGAAGAAGAAAAUCAUCGGCGCUGGUAACUUCCAGAGUCGAGACGGCCACCCGUCCGUGAAGGCGAACCUGAAGGCCGUCCAGGGUGACCUCUUCAUGCUCGAGAAAUACAUAUUCUUCGUCUCGAAGCAGCCGACGCUCAUCGAGCUCUCCGACAUCCACCUCGUCGUCUUCUCGCGCCUCGGGGCGGGGCUUGGCGCCACCGCCGCACGCACGUUCGACGUCAAGAUUGUCACAAAGCGCGGUCCCGAGUACACCUUCACGUCGCUCAACAAGGAAGAGUACGAUCACGUGAAUGCGUACCUGCAGGACAAGAAGGUGAAGACGAAGAACGAGAUGAUGGAGGGCGAGCUCGUCAUGGCUAUCGACGAUGACGACGACGAGAUGCAGAGCGUCGCGAGUAGCGGCGAGGAGGUGCCCAAGCCGCGCCUCGGCGGGGACGACGAUGACAGCGAGGAGGACGACGACUUCCAGGCGUCCGAUUCCGAUUCGGGCUCCCCCUCAGAGUCGGACUCCGAUGAGGAGGGUGGGCGGACCGCCUCCGAUGCCAGCGGCGACCGUGACUUCAUGAAGGCAGCAAAGAAGAAGGGCAAGGGCAAAGAAAAGGGCAAGGAUGCCGGCAAGGGCAAGGCCAAAGACGGGGUGGACAAGCCUGCGCCCAAGAAGAAGGCGCCCGCGAAGAAGGACAAGGCGAACGAGAGCGACGCAGAUGACGAUGGGGCCGACAAACCGAAGAAGGCUGCACAGAAGCCCAAACCGAAGCCCAAGCCAAAGGCGAAGAAGGGCAGUGACGACGAUGCGAUGGACGUCGACGAGGCGGAGAAGCCUAAGCCCAAGCCUAAACCGAAGCCAAAGGCGAAGGCGAAGGAGGACGAGGACGGUCCCGCGAAGAAGAAGAUCAAGGUGGCGGAUUGAGCGCAGAGCUCCUCCGAACCCUUUCGCGCCAUCUCGUCCUGGUAGCUGACCUUCUGGCUGCCACCCACUCUAUAUUCCGCUCUCGUGUAGCAUAUCUCUCUGACCACUUGCUCUCCCG